AGCAGGAGGCGGCAGGGGUAAGGGGCAGGGAGCCACAGGGAGGAGGUCACAUUGUUUGGGGGUGGGGAGGGUGUUGCAGUUCAGGAAGUCAAACCAGGGCAGGAUCUUCACUGUGUUUAGGAAGGAACUGCAGAUGCUGGAAAAUCGAAGGUACACAAAAAAGCUGGAGAAACUCAGCAGGUGCAGCAGCAUCUAUGGAGCGAAGGAAAUAGGCAACGUUUCGGGCCGAAACACUUCUUCACUGUGAAUGGCGGGGCGCUGGGGGAAUGUGUGGAGCCGAGGGAUCUAGGAGUGCGGGUACAAUUUGGGCCGAAGGGCCUCUUUCCAACGCUGUAUCACUCUAUGAAUCUAUGACAAAGUGCUGGAUUAACUCAGCAGGUCAGGCAGCAUCUGUGGAGAAGAUAGACACAAAGGACUGGAGUAAUUCAGUGGGACAGGCAGCAUUUGUGGAGAAGAUAGACACAAAGUGCUGGAAUAAUACAGUGAGACAGGCAGUAUCUGUGGAGAGAAUGAAUGGGCGACAUUUUGGGUCGAGACCCUUCUUUAGUUCAGUUUAGUUCAGAGAUAUUGCGCGGAAACAGGUCUUUCGGCCCACGGAGUCCGCGCCGACCAGCAAUCACCCCGUACACUAGCACUACAACCCUGGACGUCUUUGAAAUGUUGGAGGAAACCGGAGCACCCGUAGUAAAAACCCACGCAGGUCAAGGGGAGAACGUACAAACUCCACACAGACAGCACCCAUAGUCAGGAUCGAACCCGGGUCUCUGGGAGUGAGGCAGCAGCCACUGUGCCGCGCUGCAUUAUAUAACGGUUUCUUCUGCCAUAAACGCUAGUAAUGUCCUGUUUGCCAGCUUGUUGACCCUCUGUGUUCCCCUCCUGCAGGGCUUAGGAGCCGUUGCUGUGGGCGGAGAGACGGGGACGUGAGCGGCCAUUGAGGGCAGCCAAGGUGCCGGUGAGUCCCCCCCCUCCCCCAUCUGUUUGGUGUGUGGACUGAGCUUUGAGGGGCUGAGCUUCAGUGGAGGGCCACAUGGCGGGGUACAACAAGGAGAAGCGUUAUAAGUGUGAAGUGUGUGGCAAGGCUUGGCAGUACCCGAGCUAUCUGGAGAUCCACCGGCGGGUUCACACAGGAGAACGCCCCUUCGACUGCUCGGAGUGCGGCAAGAACUUCGCCAGCUACAACAAACUGCUGCAGCACAACCGCGUGCACUCCGGGAAGAGGCCCUUCGCCUGCUCGGACUGUGGCAAAGACUUCAAGACGGCGCACCACCUGAAGAUGCACCGGCAGGUGCACACGGGCGAGAAGCCCUAUGGCUGCUCCGCCUGCGGCAAGAGCUUUGCCCGGAUGUCGGGGCUGCGGGAGCACAGGCGGGUGCACAGCAGUGAGCGGCCCUUCACCUGCACUGACUGCGGCAAAGGCUUCAAGUCGGCACCGGGCCUGAAGGUGCACAGGCGUGUACACACCGGGGAGCGGCCCUACACCUGCAGCGACUGCGGCAAGGACUUCUCCCGCUCCAGCAAUCUGCUGAAGCACAAGCGCAUCCACACCGGCGAGCGUCCCUACACCUGUGUCCAGUGCGGCAAGGACUUCACCCAGUCACAUCAUCUGCUGGAGCACCAGCGCACCCACACCGGCGAGCGCCCCUACACCUGCGCCCAGUGCGGCAAGAGCUUCACCCAUGAUACCGGGCUGCUGUCCCACCAGCGCAUCCACACCGGGGAGCGGCCCUACACCUGCAACGACUGUGGCAAGAGCUUCGCCCGUUCCGCCAGCCUGCUGGAGCACCAGCGUACCCACACCGGCGAGCGUCCCUACACCUGUGUCCAGUGCGGCAAGAGCUUCAACUGCUCCAAUAACCUGCUGUCGCACCAGCGCAUCCACACCGGCGAGCGCCCCUACACCUGCAGCCAGUGCGGCAAGGGCUUUACCCAGUCCAGCACCCUGCUUGUGCACCAGCGCAUCCACACUGGCGAGCGCCCCUUCACCUGCGCCCAGUGCGGCAAGGGCUUCAUCUGCUCCUCUGGGCUGCGCUCCCACCAGCGGGUGCACACCGGCGACCGUCCCUUCCCCAGCUCAAUGUGUGGAGAGGGCUUUGCCAUGGCCUCCCACGCCCUGUCUCACCAGCACGUGCUCACCAGUGGCCCGCCCUACGACUGCCCGUACUGUGGUGAGUCGUUUGACAGCUCGCGGGGGUUGCGGCAGCACCAGCGGACGCACGCCGGCGAGCAGCUGCUCCCACUGCGGGAAGCGUUACAAGAGAGCACGGGGGCUGUGGGAGCACCAGCGGAUACACACCAGAGAGAUACCCUUUGUGUGCGCUGAGUGUGGCAAGGGUUUCACCCGCAUGUCCAGUCUGUGACAGCACCGGCGUACCCACAGCGGUGAGCUUCCCUUCCCCUGCCCGUCCUCUGGUUAGGGCUUCACCCGCCUUGAGCACCUGCUGGAGCACCGGCGAGUCCACACCAACCUGUGCCCCUUCACCUGUCCACUCUGUGGCAAGGCCGUUGCCCGCUCCUCCAGCCUGCUGGCACACCACCACAUGGAUAGGCGCUGUUUAGGUUGACACAAAAUAAUCGAAGGAAUGGCUAACGUUUCGGGUCGAGACCCUCUGCAAUCUCAACCCGAAUCGUCACCCAUUCUUUCAGUCCAGAGAUGUUGCUUGUCCUGCUAAGAGGAAGAGCCAGUGGGCUGAGGGAGAGCUUUUCAGGAAGUCCUUACUUUCUUCUCCCCUUCUUCAGUUAGUCCUGACUGUCUCCUCCCCUUCUCAGCUCUACCUCAGCCCACUGGCUCCUCCUCUUCCUGUCUUAUUCCUGCCCCCCACCCCCACCCUCACAUCAGUCUGAAGGGUGGGGGUGGGGGGGCAGGAAGAAGAAAGGAACAGGAAGAAGGGUUUCGGCCCGAAACGCUGCCUAUUUCCUUCGUUCCAUAGAUGCUGCCUCACCCGCUGAGUUUCUAUAGCAUUUGUGUCUGCUUAUAUGGAUUAACGGGUCCCUUUCAGAAUGGCAGCUGUGACUAGUGGGGUACCGCAAGGCUCGGUGCUGGGACCACAGCUAUUUAUAAUAUACAUUUAGAUGAAGGGAUUCAAAAUAACAUUAGCAAAUUUGCAGAUAACACAAAGCCGGGUGAGUGUGAACUGUGAUGAGGAUGCUAUGAGAAUGCAGGACGACUUGGACUGUUUGGGUGAGUGGGCAGAUGCAGUUUAAUGUGGAUAAAUGUGAGGUUAUCCACUUUGGUAGCAGAAACAGGAAGGAGAUUAUUAUCUAAACAAUGUCAAGUUGGGAAAAGGGGAAGUACAACGGGAUCUGGGUGUCCUUGUUCAUCAGUCAAUUAAAGUACGCAUGCAGGUACAGCAGGCAGUGAAGAAAGCGAAUGGCAUGUUGGCCUUCAUAACAAGAGGAGUUGAGUAUAGGAGUAAAGAGGUCCUUCUGCAGUUGUAUAAGGGCCUAGUGAGACCUCACCUGGUGUAUUGUGUGCAGUUUUGGUCUCCAAAUUAGAGGAAGGACAUUCUUACUGUUGAGGGCGUGCACAAGGUUCAGCGUAGGUUCACAAGGUUAAUACCCGAGAUGACGGGACUGGCAUAUGCUGAGAAAAUGGAGGGUUUUUGUUAAGGGUUUGGACAGGCUAGAGGCAGGAAACAUAUUCCCGAUGUUGGGGGGGUUCAGAACCAGGGGCCACAGUUUAUGAAUAAGGGGUAAGCCAUUUUGAAUGGAGACGAGGAAACACUUUUUAACAUAGAGAGUUGUGAGUCUGUGGAAUUCUCUGCCUCAGAGGGCGGUGGAGGCCAGUCCUCUGAAUACUUUCUUUUUUUUCACUUAAAUGUUUAUUGAUUUUUCAGAGAUAUAUACAAAACAGUGCAACGCCAUCACCAUAAAUAAAAUAAAAUAAGAAAACCACCAAUCAAAAUAAAAAAAUAAAUCGAUAGGGGAACAAAAGAAAAAGUAAAUAAAUAAAAAAUUGGAAUAAGACUGUGUGGUUCACUUACCAAAUUAAAAAUUACAUUGAUUAGUUAUCUGGAGAUAUUUCAAUAUUCGCACAAACAUACCAUCUAGUUCUAUAUAACCGAAUCUUCCCAUAUCUUGCUUGGCAUUUAUCUAGUUGGUGUCAUGGCUCAAAUAAGGAUUUUCCCAGAUCUUUCCCAGAUUUUUCCCAGAUCUUCUCAAAUGAGUCCUCCUUGACUCAUAGAAAUAUAGAAAAUAGGUGCAGAGGUAGGGCAUUUGGCCCUUCGAGCCUGCACCGCCAUUCAAUAUGAUCAUGGCUGAUCAUCCAACUCAGUAUCCUGUACCUGCCUUCUCUCCAUACGCCCUGAACCUUUUUGCCACAAGGGCCACAUCUAACUCCCUCUUAAAUAUGGCCAAUGAGCUGGCCUCAACUACCUUCUGUGGCAGAGAAUUCCACAGAUUCACCACUCUGUGUGAAAAAAUGUUUUCCUCAACUCAGUCCUAAAAGACUUCCCCCUUAUGCUUAAACUGUGACCCCGUGUUCUGGACUUCCCAAACAUCGGGAAUAAUCUUCCUGCAUCUAGCCUGUCCAGCCCCUUAAGAAUGUUGUAAGUUUCUAUAAGAUCCACCCACAAUCAUCUAAAUUCUAGCGAGUACAAGCCGAGUCUACCCAGUCUUUCUUCAUAUGAAAGUCCUGACAUCCCAGGAAUCAGUCUGGUGAACCUUCUCUGUAUGGCAAGAAUGUCUUUCCUCAGAUUAGGAGACCAAAACUGUACACAAUACUCCAGGUGUGGUCUCACCAAGGCCCUGUACAACUGCAGCAGAACCUCCCUGCUCAUAUACUCAAAUCCUUUUGCUAUGAAUGAAAACAUACCAUUCGCUUUCUUCACUGCCUGCUGCACCUGCAUGCCUACUUUCAAUGCCUGGUGUACCAUGACACCCAGUUCUUGUUGCAUGUCCCCUUUUCUUAAUCGGCCACCAUUCAGAUAAUAGUCUACUAUCCUGUGGAUAACCUCACAUUUAUCCACAUUAUACUGCAUCUGCCAUGCAUUUGGCCACUCACCCAACCUAUCCAAGUCACCUUGCAGCCUCCUAGCAUCCUUCUCACAGUUAACACUACCCCCCAGCUUCGUGUCAUCCGCAAACUUGGAGAUGUUAUAUUCAAUUCCCUCGUCCAAAUCAUUAAUCUAUAUUACUAAAACUCUGUUCUUGACCGCUUUUCCCGAUCUGUGCUGCGAUUUCCGAGAGAACGCCGCCACCUACGGCCGUAAUUUUUGGCCACCUCCCUCAGAGCCCCCCUCUGCCGCAUGUGUGCCGAGGAUUUUUCCCGUCGAUGAAAUAUGACCGAGAUUUUAAUGUUUUUACAUCAUUCCCCAUUCUCUCUGCUGCCCCCGCUGGCGGCAGGGGAGGGAGGGACUAUAAAACCCGGAAGCGUCCCGCUUCAAUCACUUUCUUCCGGGGGAGUGAAAGGGUCACGGCUCUCUGAGCUGCAGCUCUACUCCGAGGUGAGUCCCCUGGAUGUCCUUUUUCAGCCAAUUGAUAUGUAUGUUGUUCACCAUUCACCAUGGUCUGAAGUUUCUUGGCAUUUUGUUGGAAAGUGUUUGUAUAUUUAUCUACCUAUAUUGUCUUUUCAAAUGUGUCUUGAACAUGAAAUGCAUUUGCAAAUUUGUCUAUCUAUAUUGUCUUUUGAAAUGUGUAUCGAACAUGAAAUGCAUUUGCAAAUUUGUCUAUCUAUAUUGUCUUUUGAAAUGUGUAUCGAAUAUGAAAAGCAUUUGUAUAUUUGUCUGUCUAUAUUGUGUUUGAACUGUGAAUUGAAAAUAAAAACCAUUUGCAAAUUUGUCUAUCUAUAUUGUGUUUGAACUAUGAAUUGAAAAUAAAAAGCAUUUGCAAAUUUGUCUAUCUAUAUUGUCUUUUGAAAUGUGAAUUGAAAAUAAAAAGCAUUUGUAUAUUUGUCUAUCUAUAUUGUGUUUGAACUGUGAAUUGAAAAUAAAAACAAUUUGUUUAUUUGUUUAUCUAUAUUGUAUUUGAAAUGUGAAUUGAAAAUAAAAAGCAUUUGUUAUUGUUAUAAAGCGUUUGCAAAUUUAUUUCUCUUGGGUUUUAAAAUGGUUGCACCCGUUUUCAGGUAACUAAAGCAUGAUGUCUAUUGUGUUUGAAAUGGUUAUGUCAAUUGAAAUGCAUUUGUUGCAACGUUUUCAGGCGAGUAAUGCACGAAUGAAGCUUUUUUUUCGACCAGAACUGUGUUUUAAAUUUAAAAUUGGCGCUCAUUUUGUGAUUUUGGCGGUUGCAAGAUGGCGGCGAUGACGUC